UUCUCCAUUACGAAAUUCCCCGAGUCGACUCAGAAACCGAAGGAGUUGACUCGAACGGGCUCAAAACCUAACUCAAAAACCAGAUGCUCUUCAGAAGUAAAAACGACUCUCUUGCUCAAAAGCAAUCGAUAGAAGAACUCAAAAGAGCUCCUGCUUCAACUCCAUUACUUCCACACACUCUCGAAAUCUAGGGUUUUUUUUUCCCUCUUCCUCCUCUCUCUCUAUCUAUCUAUUUGCGAAGGUCGAGAUGAAGAAUCUAAGGCUACUAUCCGAUCUUAGAUUCGAUCUCGAACUCCAAUCCGAACAAGAACAUCUCCUCUUCUCCGCAAUCGAUAUCGAGCGAAAUCGCAUUUUCUUUGCUUCUUCGGAAAAUUCCUUAUUCGCCCUUCAGCUUCCUUCAUCCCAAACAGAAAGGCCAUGGAGCAAGACCCAGUCCUCUUUUCAGUGUGAACCCAUAGAUUUAGAACCUGGGGACUGCAUUACAGCAAUGGAUUACCUCAUGGAGAAGGAGGCACUUAUACUGGGAACUUUGAAUGGUUAUCUGUUGCUGCACAAUGUGGAUGACAAUACAACUGAAGUUGUUGGUAGAGUGGAGGAUGGUGUCAAGAGUAUUGCUCCUAGCCCAGAUGGAGCUCUUCUUGCCAUAACAGCUGGUCUUGGACAGUUGCUAGUCAUGACUCAUGAUUGGGAAGUGCUCUAUGAAACCAAACUUGAUCCUCCUGAACUCAAUGACAUACAAAAGCCUAUGGUUUCAGGUUACAUGAGUGGUUCUUCCGAUUUUCCAUUUGAAAGUUGUAUUUCCUGGCGAGGUGACGGGAAAUAUUUUGCCACUCUAAGUGGAGUUCAUAAUUCUUCUUCCUUGCAAAAGCUUAGAAUUUGGGAACGGGAAUCUGGGACACUGCAUGGUGCUUCAGAAUCCAAGCCUUUCAUGGGAGCAUCUUUGGAUUGGAUGCCCUGUGGAGCAAAAGUGGCAGCUGCAUAUGACAGGAAGGGUGAGGAAAAGUGUCCUUCAAUUGUUUUCUUUGAGAGGAAUGGCCUAGAAAGAAGCUCAUUAAGCAUUGAUGAGCCAAUGGAAGCAUCAGUUGAAAUCCUCAAGUGGAAUUGUGCUUCAGAUCUUCUUGCUGCUGCUGUCACAUGCGAAGGAUAUGAUGCCAUCAAAAUCUGGUCAUUUAGCAACAAUCACCGGUACUUAAAACAAGAAAUAAGACAUUCAAAAAAGGAUGGUGUGAAGUUCAUGUGGGAUCCAACAAGACCGUUGCAAUUGAUUUGUUGGACAUUAGUUGGCAAGAUCAUUACUCACAACUUUGUGUGGACUACAGCCGUCACGGCGGACUCAACGGCGUUGGUCAUUGAUAAUUCCAAGAUACUAGUAACUCCCCUUUCUCUGUCCCUCAUGCCACCCCCCAUGUCUUUAUUCAACCUAAAAUUCCCCAGUGCUGUUCAGGACAUGGCCGUCUUUUCGAAGAACUCCAAGAACCAUUUGGCUGUGUCGUUGUCAGAUGGUAGGCUGUCUGUUGUAGAGCUUCCGCCAAUGGAUACUUGGGAACAAUUCGAAGGCGAGGAAUUCAGUGUUGAAGCUGCUCAUUCUGAUAUGAAGCUUGGGACCUUCAGGCACCUCAUUUGGUUGGAUUCACACAUUCUGCUUGGUGUAUCCCAUCAUGAUAUCAGGGAAAAUGACUUUUCCUAUCAGCAGGGGAUGGAGCACUAUAAAGGUUAUUACUUGCAGGAGAUUGAGCUUCUAUGUUCAGAGAAUUCUGUUCCAGGUUCAGUGACUGCUUCAGGUUGGCAUGCCAAGAUUUCCAAGCGUUUAUCACUUGAAGAGCCGGUAAUUGGUGUUGUCCCUAAUCCUGUCAAAAAGUGUUCAGCUUUUGUUCAGUUUUUUGGAGGAUCUGUUGUAGAAUAUUCUUCAACGUUGGGCACCACAGGAGCUCCAACGGAACCAUUCCUCCAGAAGCUCAGUUAUGGUCUUGGGUUUUCAUCUUCUUGCCCUUGGAUGAGUGCAGUUCCUGUUUGUGACAAUGAGAUGUUGAGGCCUUUGGUUUUUGGGCUCGAUGACAAUGGCAGGCUGCAUGUUAGCGGGAAGGUGUUAUGUAAUAAUUGCAGCAGUUUCUCAUUCUAUUCAAACACUACAGGAAUUAUGCAGCAAGCGGUUACACACUUGAUUCUCACCACUAAGCGGGAUUUGCUGUUCAUUGUACGUAUUGAUGACAUUUUGCUUGAAAACCCAGAAAUAAAAUUCGAUGACUGCAUCAAGAGCGGCAUUAAAAGCCGGGGGGAAGAAAAUAGAGACUCCAUAAAUAUAUGGGAAAGAGGUGCAAAGUUGGUUGGUAUUAUUCAUGGAGAUGAGGCAGCAAUCAUUUUGCAAACCUCUCGGGGUAACUUAGAAUGCAUCUAUCCAAGAAAGCUGGUCCUUGUAUCAAUUGUUAAUGCUUUGGUUCAGAGGCGUUUCAAAGAUGCAAUGCUCAUGGUAAGAAGGCACCGGAUAGACUUCAAUGUCAUCGUUGAUCACUGUGGUUGGCAAUCUUUUCUUCAAUCAGCGGCCGAGUUUGUCAGGCAAGUCGAUAAUCUGACCCACAUUGCUGAAUUUGUUUGUUCUAUAAAAAACGAAAAUGUGAUGGAGAUGCUGUACAAGAACAUCAUAACCCUCCCUUGCACCAAGAACACCAGGGCUAUCGGGCUUGAUUCAAAGAGCAAGGUCUCUUCCAUCCUGCUGGCAAUCAGGAAGGCCCUUGAGGAACAAGUUCCUGAAAGUCCUGCAAGGGAGCUCUGCAUAUUGACCACUUUAGCUCGUAGCGAACCUCCGGCUUUAGAGGAAGCCCUGAAGAGGAUAAAAGUCAUUCGUGAAAUGGAACUACUGGGGGUUAAUGAUUCCCGCACAAAAUCUCACCCUUCCGCAGAAGAAGCCCUGAAGCAUCUCCUGUGGUUAUCAGACUCCGAGGCUGUUUAUGACACUGCUCUAGGCCUUUAUGAUCUGAACCUUGCCGCCAUUGUGGCGUUGAACUCUCAAAAGGAUCCAAAGGAGUUUCUUCCUUUUCUCCAGGGAUUGGAACGUAUGCCACCUGUUAUUAUGCAGUAUACGAUUGACCUUAGGCUGCACAGGUAUGAGAGUGCACUCAAACAUGUAUUUUCAGCAGGUGAUGCCUAUCACGAAGAUUGCAUGAACCUCAUGAAGAAUAACCCUCAGCUUUUUCCACUGGGCCUUCAACUGUUCACUGGCAGCAACAUGAGGAAUCAAGUACUCGAGGCAUGGGGUGAUCAUCUCUCUGGUGAAAAGUGCUUUGAAGAUGCUGCUGCAACUUAUUUGUGUUGUUCCUCUUUACAGAAAGCCUUGAAGGCAUAUCGUGCUUGUGGUAAUUGGAAAGGCGCGUUUUCAGUAGCUGGGCUCCUGAAACUUGAAAAAGAAGAGGUUCUGCAACUUGCAAAUGAGCUUUGUGAAGAACUUCAAGCACUUGGGAAGCCAGCAGAGGCUGCCAGAAUUGCUCUAGAGUAUUCUGGAGAUGUUUCUAGUGCCAUUGGAUAUUUUGUAAUUGCACGGGAGUGGGAAGAGGCUCUGAGGGUUGGGUUUUUGCACUGGAGAGAGGACUUGAUCUCUGAAGUGAAGAAUUCGGCCAUGGAAUGUGCUAACACACUGAUGUGUGAGUAUGAGGAAGGACUGGAGAAGGUUGGAAAGUACCUGGCCCGUUACUUAGCCGUCCGCCAGAGAAGAUUGCUCCUUGCUGCGAAGCUCCAAAUGGAAGACAGGUCGAUGAGUGAUGUUGAUGAUGAUAAUGCUUCGGAAACCAGUAGUACAUUCAGUGGAAUGAGUGCUUACACUGGGGGGACGGGAAAGGGUUCCCGUGCUUCCGUCAUCUCAAGUACAACCAGCAAGGCAAGAGGGACGAGACGUCAACGGAAUAGGGGAGGAAAAAUCCGUGCCGGCAGCCCUGGUGAGGAGAUGGCUCUAGUAGAGCAUUUGAAAGGCAUGUCUUUAACUGUUGGAGCACAGCGCGAGCUUAAAUCCCUCAUACAUGCUCUUGUGAUGCUCGGCAAGGAAGAAACUGCCAGGAAGCUGCAAAGGGUGGGAGAGAACUUUGAAUUGUCUCAACGGGCUGCUGUAAAGCUGGCUGAAGAUACAAUGUCCGAUGAAAAGAUUGAUGAAAACACCCAUACUUUGGAGCAUUACAUACAGAAAGUAAGAGGCGAAGGGCUCUGUUCCGAGGCUCUCUCUUGGCAGUCUAAAGUAUUACUUCCUCCUUAAGAGAACAGUGGAACUUGGCGAGCUGUGGCUGCGAACGCAUAGGUGAUCACGAUCAGAGUAUGGAGGAAGUGGGACAAAUUCAGCUAAUUAGGGAAUUUUUGCCCCAAGUUAAAUGGAUGUGGGUUUUUCAAAUUUUGUAUCAGUUUCUCAAGUAAUCUAUUCUAGUUUAAAUAAACUUAGCAAUGGUCCGCAUUCAACAUGCACGUGUGUCCCACUAGAUGAGUGGACCAGCCUGAAUUUUGCUCCAGGGUCUGCAAAGUAUGGCCCACUUUAUGCUUGGCUUGGAUGUCCCACAUUAACAUCCUCUAGGGCUGUUAUUGCAAGACCUAGGCUCUCUCUCUCUCUCUCUCUCUCUCUCUCUCUCUCUCUCUCUCUCUCUCUCUCUCUGUUUUUUUUAAUUUUUAUUUUAAUUUUAAUUUUUUUAUUUUUAAUUUGAAGGUUUGGCCAUGGCCUGGCCUCUGCUCGGCAACCCUAGCGACAGCGUUUGUUAUGGCGGCACAAUCAAUUGCUACCUUGUAUUGUUGGGUGUUAUAGUGAGGCUCAUUUCUUAGAAUAUGUACAGCAUAUAUUAUUAUUGUUGGUAGAUAAGGGGAUGUUUGGCAUUCCUAUUCUGA